AUGCUGAUCCUCAACACUGGAGCCCCCAGGGGAUCUGAGAUCCUCAAAAGGUUCUACAGCUUCAACAUCGAGAGCAUCCUGACUGGUGGCAUCACUACCUGGUACGGCAGCUGCUCAGCCUCUGACCGCAAGGCACUACAGAGGGAGAUGAUGGCCAGUCUAAUCAGCCAGACCCCAGACCACCCUGUCCCCUUUCUCAUCAGUCACCUGCAGACCAAGCCAGGCAGCCCCGGCAAGCUGCACAGAACACUGCCGGGCUCCGCCGCUCUGUGGGCCCAGAGCGAUGCAGCAGAGAGUAUAGGAGGUCCUGACUUCGGGAGUUACCAGAAGCCCUGGCAGAUCCACCCGAACAAACCCAAGAAAUCCAAGAGUGACCUGGCAGUGUCUAACAUCUGCCUUCCUUCAGCAGAAUCUAAGUCCUGUAUCGCUGUUUCUGAUGAACGUGACCAGGUAACGACUUACAACUGCAGUCUGCUGCAGCCCAGGGUGGUGGGGGAGUGGGUGGGCAGGGAGGAGGAAGACCCCGACCCACUGGCAGCAGAGAUGCUCCAACCCCCAGUCCCCAGGACCAAGACUGAGGCUUGGGGGAGCGCUGAUAGCAGCCCUGCCGGAAGGUAGGAGAGAAAAUGAAGGAGUAAAGGGUUGAAGCAGCAGCAGCAGCACCACAAGAGGCUCCUGGCGGCCAUGUUGUCCCAAGAAUCCUUUGACUCCGCCCAUAGCUCCGCCCCCUCACUCACUGAGGAGGAGAUGGAAGAUGAGGACGAUGUCAUGGAGCUGCUGGAACCGAGCGAGACCCAUAAACAGCUUGCUGAGGGGACUCUUCUCCAGGUUCAUCUCUCUGUAGGUGAGGGCCUUGUGGUGGAAG